UUUGCAUGCGGGGCACUUAGGGCCGGCUGCAGUUUGCUCUCUACUCAUCUUCUCCCCUGAUUCAAAGCUGGUGUCCGUCAGUGCUCCUCCAUCUACUUGUGGCCACUGUAACUGCAACCCAGCUAGAGAAUCAUGGUUGCCGCAUCCAUGGGUAUCUCCACGAGAAGCCUUAUCCUGCCCACUCAUCCUUCAACUUUCACGUCAAAGAAAGCACACCCAUUUACCAUCGUAUGCUCUUCUAAUUCUUCUCUCUCCACGGACGGUUCUGCUGUUGGGUUGGCUGAAAAACCAUGGAAGACGGCUGAUGCAAGGCUUGUUCUUGAAGAUGGUUCAGUUUGGAAAGCAAAAUCUUUUGGUGCUAAAGGAACCCAAGUUGGGGAAGUGGUUUUCAAUACUUCAUUAACAGGAUAUCAAGAAAUACUUACUGAUCCCAGUUAUAAUGGACAGUUUGUGUUGAUGACAAAUCCACAUAUUGGCAAUACUGGCAUUAAUUUCGACGAUGAAGAGUCAAGCAAGUGUUUCCUUGGAGGUUUAGUAAUAAGAAGUUUAAGUAUCAGUAUUUCAAAUUGGAGAAGCACAAAAUCGCUGGGUGAUUACUUGGCUGAGAGGAACAUAAUCGGAAUAUAUGAUGUUGAUACACGUGCCAUAACACGAAGACUAAGACAAGACGGAAGCCUUGUAGGCGUGUUGAGCACAGAAAAAGAUAAAUCGGAUGACCAACUUUUGGAAAUGUCUCGCAAUUGGGAUAUAGUAGGUGUUGAUUUAAUAAGUGAAGUUUCCUGUCGAGUCCCUUACGAAUGGAAAGACAAAACUGAUACGGAUUGGGACUUCAACUCAAAUGGGAGAGAUGGGAAAACCUUCCACAUUAUUGCUUAUGACUUUGGAAUAAAGCACAACAUACUUAGACGGUUAGCAUCUUAUGGCUGCAAAAUCACUGUGGUUCCUUCGACGUGGCCAGCUGGUGAGACCUUGAAGAUGAACCCUGAUGGAGUUCUUUUCAGCAAUGGACCAGGAGACCCUUCUGCAGUUCCUUAUGCUGUGGAAACUGUGAAAGAGAUAGUUGGAAAGGUUCCGGUUUUUGGAAUUUGUAUGGGCCAUCAGCUGCUCGGUCAAGCUUUGGGUGGUAGGACUUUCAAGAUGAAGUUUGGUCACCAUGGUGGAAAUCAUCCUGUUCGAAACCUUAGAAAUGGAUGUGUCGAGAUCAGUGCCCAGAACCAUAACUAUGCGGUCGACCCUAAAUCACUUCCGGAGGGUGUGGAGGUGACACAUGUGAAUCUGAAUGAUGGAAGUUGUGCAGGUCUUGCCUCUUCUAAGCUAAAGCUUAUGUCACUUCAGUACCAUCCUGAAGCAUCUCCAGGACCACACGAUUCCGAUUAUGCAUUUGCUGAAUUCAUACAGCUUAUGGGAAGAGAAAAACAAAGUGUAUGAUCGAUUGGUUGCUUUAAAAAAGGUUUUCUGUUGCGGAUGAGGAAUAUGAGUCGCAUCACGAGCCCUAUAUCUGAACAAAACUUUAAAAUGCAGGAAAAACUUGUGUUAAAUCAUUAUUUGGUUACUGUCAGGGCUAAUUAUGAGUGAAAGCCUGCACUUCUCCUAAAAUUGUUUGUUGAUAAUAACAGUAGGUUUGUUAUGGAUAUAAAAUAUUUGAUCAGAGACCAAGGAGCCAUUCCUAUAAGUUCUUUUUUAUUUUCA